ACCAGAUCUUCCAUUCUCCCCUACAGAAACCAGGAAACCCCUGCUUCUCACGCAAGCUCUAUCUUUGAAGGACGUGCCUUCUUCUCUUCCUACUAUACUCUCUCUCUCACACACACACACAUUCACACACCCACACACAUACACAGAGCGGAGCUCGUGGCCGUCCAGCUGCACAAAUAUACUGGAUGCCUGUUAGCGGUGGAAACUGAAUUUUCUUUACCUUGAGAUUUUCUGCAGUAUUCUCCAAAAUGAGUAGCUCUUUCUCAGCCAAAAUGGAACUGGCUAAAGAUAUGAAGGAGGAGGAUAAGUUGUACAGAUAUAAUGGAGUGCUGUACCCUGUCAUCAUGAGUCCAGUGGAGAACCUGAAGGCUAUGGAGAGGCUGGAAGCAAGAGCAGAUGAUGUAAUGUUAGUUGCAUAUCCCAAAUGUGGUUUUAAUUGGAUGGUGGCGGUGCUUCGUAAAAUACUAGCAGCAGCAACUGGUGAGAAAGCAGAGUCCCAAACCCCUCCAUUGAUGGAGUUCUUUGGGCCAGAAAUGCAGCAGGUUAUUCACAAAGCCCCGUCCCCCAGAUUUCUAGGGACACACAUGCACCCAGAUAACAUUCCUGCAUCCUUCACCACAAAGAAAACAAAGAUGCUGGUGAUAUUCAGGAACCCGAAAGACACAGUGGUUUCCUUCUAUCACUUCUCCAACAAAAACCCAUUUCUACCCACUGCCGAGUCUUGGGACCGCUUCUUCUCAGAGUUUAUGAGUGGAAAAGUUCCCUGGGGUUCAUAUUUCGACCAUGUACUUGGCUGGGAGAGGAGAAUGGAUGACCCUAACGUGAUAAUAGUCACCUUUGAGGAGUUAAAACAGGACCUGAGUGAAGGUGUGCGAAGGGUCUCUGAGUUCUUUGGUUUCAGUCUCAGUGAUCCUCAGAUCCAGGCCAUCUCAGAGGAGAGCACCUUCAACGCUAUGAAGGAGAGCUCCAAUGACUCACACGGCCAGAUGGGCAACGUCUUGUUCAGGAAAGGUGAAGUAGGAGACUGGAAGAACCAUUUCAGCCCAGCCCAAAGCCAGGAGAUGGACACAGCAUUUGAGAAGCACCUGGCAGGGACUAAGCUGGGGGCUAAACUGAAGUAUGACCUGUACUGCAAGUAGAUAGCAGACAGGAUAAUCACUGACUGAACUGAGACAGGAUGCAAGGGAAACACUGACAGAUUAGGAAAGUUCAACCCCAACAGGCAGGAGGGCUGGUAUGCAGUAGCUAAACUGACAUAGACAAUGAGGAAUUUGGUGGUGUGACACUUGUUACUCCACUUGACUGUCUUACACUGCAACCGUUCAAGGGCAUUUUUGUGAAAGUGUGACAUGAUAUAGAGUAGACAUGAUAUACUUCAUGUUGGAUUCUUUAUACACAUCUUGUAAUCCUUGUUUUUAUACCACUGCACUUAAGUAUGUUAAUUCAAGUUGGUUCAAUGAUUGAUAUCAGCCUCCUUGUCUGUAUUUUAUGAUAUUAAGCAUUCAGUUCAGAGUAGCGGAAUUUUACUCCAGGAUCAUAUGUGCCACACAGUGUAGUUCCAUGAAUUACAUGCCACAUGAGGUGAACUAUAAUGAUCAUGUUCAUAGUCCUAGUAAGAAUGCCUUUUGACGUUGGCACUGGCUUUUGUCGUAAUGGCCAUGCUUGCCAACAAUGUGACAGGUUACACGCAAUAAGACCAUUGGAUUGAAAUGCAUACAAUAUCCAAUCUGACUAUCAACUGUCGUACUUCCGGCGCCGACAGAGAUGGCCGCCUCGCUUCGCGUUCCUAGGAAACUAUGCAGUUUUUUGUUUUUUUACGUGUUAUUUCUUACACUAGUACCCCAGGUCAUCUUAGGU